UUCUACCAGAAACUUCGCCACACGUGGGGAGAAAGAAAACGAGGUGAAAGGGAGCCGUGUGUAACCUGGAGCUUUUUGUUGUUUUCUAGACACAAAAACAACUUUUUUUUCUCGCCUCUGAAGAUUUAAAACUUGAGUUUGUCGACAUGUUUCUGCAAUAUCACGUCGAUGAGAAUGGAGACAGAGUCUACACCCUGAAGAAGGUGGGACCUGACGGGAUGCCGACCAGCUCGGCUCACCCGGCCCGCUUCUCCCCAGACGACAAGUUCUCCAGACAUCGGGUGAUUCUGAAGAAACGCUUCAACCUCCUGAUGACCCAGCAGCCCAGACCUAUCCUGUAAGAGAGAGAGAGACGGGGGGUGGAGGACGACGACGGGAGGAUGUAAGGAUGGAUGGAGAACAGACAAAGGAAACGGAGGGAUGAAGGCGAAGAUGAGACUGUAAUAAACCAACUACACAUCUCCUCAGUUUCACCUGAAUUUAGGGGACUUAAAAUAUCAGCUUCAACUACGACGUUAAAGCAUCUUCUUUCUCACGUGUUGUAUCGUUUUCAAUUUGUCGACGUUCGUUUGAUGAUGUUUUUCUGAUUUUUGUAUUAAUGCUGAAUAAAUAUUAGGUUGAUG